AUGGCUGCAAUGAGUUUUCUUGCAGGAUUACCAAUUGAGUUUGAUGCUGCUCGAACACAAAUUCUCUCUAGUCCAGAGAUUGUUUCCCUCCAUGACACUUUCACACGAGUGUUGAGAACCGAGGGAUCUUUGUCUACUUCCAAUGUUACUAGUGCUCUCGUCAUCGAUUCCGAUGCAACAGAUCAUAUGACCGGUAAUAAAGGUAUUCUCUCCUCUUUUAAUCCUAACAAAGAUCAUCCGAAUGUUACUUUGCCUUAUGGGUCAUGUGCUUCAGUUGAUCUUUUGACGGGGAAGAUUAUUGGUAAAGGACGUGAAUCUGGCGGCCUGUAUACACUUUAUUUCCAUUAUAAUCCUUUAACUUUUCUUUUACAAGCAGAUUACUUUAAUAUUGGUGGCUUAAUUUCGGUUCUGCUUAUUGCAGCAAAACAUGUCAUUGGCAUUAUCCUCUUGUUUGCUUUCCUCCUUUAUCGGUGUCAUCGCAGGCAUUUAUCGAGGUAUGAUACAAUAGAAGAUUUCCUACAAAGAAACAACAGCCUCAUGCCCAUUAGGUACUCAUACAAAGAAAUAAAGACAAUGACAAAAAAUUUUGAGGAGAAACUAGGUGAAGGAGGCUAUGGUUUGGUUUACAAAGGCAAAUUGCGCAGUGGAGGUGCAGUUGCUGUCAAGAUGCUGAACAAAUCAAAAGCUAAUGGACAAGAGUUCAUCAAUGAAGUUGCAACUAUUGGAAGGAUACACCAUGUGAACGUGGUUCGGUUAGUGGGAUUUUGUGUUACUGCCUCAAAACAUGCUCUAGUGUAUGAUUACAUGCCAAAUGGCUCUCUGGACAAGUUACUUUUCUCAAAUUGUCAGAAUGGUUCUCCAUUGAGUUGGAAACAAGUUUGUGAGAUUGCAAAGGGGAUUGCUCGUGGCAUUGAAUACUUGCAUCAGGGGUGUGAUAUGCAAAUUCUGUAUUUUGAUAUUAAGCCGCAUAACGUCUUACUCGAUGACAACUUUGUUCCAAAAGUUUCAGAUUUUAGACUUGCAAAACUUUACCCGAUGCAAAGGAGUAUUGCAACUCUUACUGCUGCGAGGGGAACUCUAGGUUACAUGGCCUCGGAGUUGUUCUAUAAAAAGAUUGGAAGAGUCUCAAACAAGACAGACGUUUACAGCUAUGGAAUGUUACUAAUGGAGAUGGCUGGGAGGAGGAGAAAUGUGGAUGCACAUGCCGAGCGUUCAAGUCAAAUAUACUUCCCUUCAUGGAUCUAUGACAAAUUCGAUCAGGCGGAGGAAAUGGAAAUCAGAGAUCAUGCAACUAAAGAAGAAAAGACAAUUACAAGAAAAUUGAUGAUUGCCUUGUGGUGCAUACAGAUGACACCUGAGGAUCGUCCUUCAAUGAGAGAAGUCUUAAAAAUGCUUGAAGGUGAUGCUAGUGGCCUAAAGUUGCCUCCUAAACCGUCAUUUUACCCUCCAGAUUCACCCAUAUCCAUGCAAAGAAGCAGCGGUAGUAGUUCUUCUGACGAGUCAACGGUGCCCCUAUGUAGCUCUGUUGCUUUAGAAAUCGAGCAGAUGGAUGACUAAGUAGAACUCGUGCUUUCAGUGAAAUC